AUGCAUAUACCAUAUGUUGAACUUGUCUUUGAUUCAACAAAUCAAUUAGCUCAAAUUGGUACAGUCAAAGUUUCAAGUGCGCAACAAAAAUAUCGAACAAUUGAUGAUAUGCUAGUUGAAAUAGCACGACAACCUGAAAAUCGUGAAAAAAAUAAACGUACAAUUAUUGUAACAUCUGAUCGAGGUUUAGCUGCACUUUUACAACGUGAAGGAUGUUUAGUUGUUAAAUCGUAUAAUUGGUUUGCACAUUGUGUUAUGACUUUGACACCGGAUUUAAUUAAUUAUCAAGAGUUAACAGGCGCGAUGACAACAACAUCAACACCACCAACAAUGAAAAUUCGUUAUAAUUUCGAUGAACUCGUUCAUCGUAUUGUUAAUAUUGAUAUAUAA